GUUGCCGGCUGUACCGAGGUGGCCGUGGCGGUGGGCGCCGGCCCCCAGGGACUCGCGCCUCCCUCUCCGCGCCAUGGCGAAAGAUGCCACCGUGGUACGGCUGCUCCUGGGCUCCGCGGCGCUGUGGGUCGCGCUGACCGGCACGCGGACGGCCUCCGCGUCCAAGGCUGUGACGGCCCGCUUGGCUGCGAAGUGGCCCGCGACCCCGCUGCUGCUGGAAGCCAGUGAAUUUAUGGCAGAAGAAAGUAAUGAAAAAUUCUGGCAGUUUUUGGAAACUGUAAAAGAAUUAGCAAUUUAUAAGCAAACAGAAUCAGAUUAUUCUUACUACAACCUAAUCCUGAAGAAAGCAGGACAAUUCUUAGACAAUUUACAAAUCAAUCUCCUAAAGUUUGCUUUCUCUAUAAGGGCAUAUUCUCCAGCUGUUCAGAUGUUCCAACAGAUUGCAGCUGAUGAACCACCGCCAGAUGGUUGUAAUGCAUUUGUGGUGAUCCAUCAGGAACAUACCUGUAAGGUUAACAAGAUUAAAAAGCUGCUGAAGAAGGCCACCUCAAGGCCCAGACCUUACCUGUUUGAAGGAGAUCAUGAAUUUCCCACAAAUGAAGAAAACUUACCAGUGAUUAUUCUCUAUGCAGAAAUAGGUACCAGAGCAUUUGGUCAGUUUCACACAGUACUGUCUGAAAAAGCUCGCAAUGGGGAAAUCCACUAUGUUCUUCGGCAUUACAUUCAGAAACCAGUCUCACAGAAGAUGUACUUAUCUGGCUAUGGUGUGGAGUUAGCGAUUAAGAGUACAGAAUACAAAGCACUGGAUGACACCCAAGUUAAAGCUGUGACUAAUACUACUGUAGAAGAUGAGAUUGAAACAAAUGAAGUUCAAGGAUUUCUCUUUGGGAAACUAAAAGAAAGAUAUUCAGAUCUUAAAGAUAAUUUGACAGCAUUUCAGAAAUACCUUAUUGAGAGCAACAAAGAAAUGAUGCCUUUGAAAGCCUGGGAACUACAAGAUCUUAGUUUUAAAGCAGCUUCUCAAAUAAUGUCCACUCCAGUUUAUGAUGCCAUAAAGUUAAUGAAAGACAUUUCACAGAACUUCCCCAUAAAAGCCAGAUCUCUGACCAGAAUUCCUGUAAAUCAACAUCUGAGGGAGGAAAUACAGGAAAAUCAAAAGGAUCUUCGUAAUAGAUUUGACAUUCAGCCAGGUGAUGCUCGUCUGUAUAUAAAUGGACUUCAUGUUGAUAAGGAUGCUUAUGAUCCUUUUAGUAUUUUGGACAUGCUGAAACUAGAAGGACAAAUUAUGAAUGGCUUUCGCAGUCUUGGGAUCAACAGAGAAGAUAGGAGCAAAUUUUUAAAAUUAAAUCCACACGAUUGGGACGAUACCUAUGCCUUAGAUAUUAGGCAUCCUUCUAUAGUGUGGAUUAAUGACCUAGAAAGGGACAAUUUAUAUGUUACAUGGCCUGCAAGUUGCCAAGAACUUCUGAAACCAGUAUUGCCUGGAAAUAUACCUUCCAUAAGGCGUAAUUUUCAUAAUUUGGUUUUGUUUAUUGAUCCAGCUCAAGAAUAUACCUUGGAUUUUAUAGAACUUGCUGGGCUUUUCUAUUCUCAUCGGAUUCCUCUUAGAAUUGGUUUUGUGUUCAUCCUUAACUCAGAUGAUGAAGUGGAUGGAGCCCACGAUGCUGGAGUUGCCCUUUGGCGAGCUUUCAACUAUAUUGUAGAAGAAAAUGAUGUGUCACAAGCAUUUGUUUCCAUAGUACAUAUGUACCAAAAAGUGAAGAAUCAGAAUAUUCUCACUGUGGACAAUGUGAAGAGAGUUCUCCAAAAUGAAUUUCCUCAUGCUGAUAUCAGGAAUAUUUUGGGAAUUCAUUCUCUAUAUGAUUAUGAAAGAAAGGCAGGAGCAAACUUUUAUGAAAUGACUGGCCUGGGCCCUUUGCCUCAAGCUCUUUAUAACGGUGAAUCCUUUAACCCUGAAGAGCUGAAUAUUAAUGAACUAGAAACGGCUGUUCUUCACAAAAUGAUGGAUGCAACUGUAUAUUUACAAAAGGAAGUUUUAAUGGGCACAAUAAAUGACCAAACAAAUGCCAUUGAUUUCCUUAUGGAUAAGAACAAUGUUGUACCUCGUAUAAAUCCUUUGAUUUUGCACACUAAACCACAGUACCUUAAUUUAAUAUCUACAUCAGUAACUGCUGAUAUUGAAGAUUUCUCUACAUUCUUUUUCUUGGAUUCACAAGAUAAGAGUGCUGUAAUAACAAAGAACAUGUAUUAUUUAACCCAAGAAGAUUAUGAUAUAAUUUGUUCAGUUUCUCUCUGGAUUAUUGCUGACUUUGAUGAACCAUCUGGGAGAAAACUGCUUUUCAGUGCAUUAGAGCACAUGAAAACAAGUGUUCACAGCCGGUUGGGAGUAAUUUAUAAUCCUACAUCAAAAAUAAAUGAGGAGAACACAGUUAUUUCUAGAGGAAUUUUGGCAGCUUUUCUUACACAGAAAAACAGGUUUUUGAGAAACCUUCUUUGGAAAUUCUCAACAGAAAAAAUUGCUACAGCUAUUUACUCUGGAGAUAAAAUCAAAGCAUUCCUUAGUGAGGGGAUGGAUAAGAAUGCUUUUGUGAAAAAAUAUAAUACCGUUGGAGUGAAUAUUUUCCGAACUCACCAGUUGUUCUGUCAAGAUGUACUUAAAUUGCACCCUGGAGAAAUGGGUGUUGUCAGCAACGGAAGAUUCUUAGGCCCAUUAGAUGAAAAUUUCAAUGAAGAAGAUUUUUACUUGUUGGAAAAGAUAACAUUUGCUAAUUUAGCAGAGCAAAUUAAAGACAUUGUUGAAAAAAUGGAAAUCAACUCAAAGAACAUGAGUGGCCUUAUUAUGAAAGUUGAUGCCCUUAUUUCCUCUUUGCCUCAGCACAAAUCUCGGCAUGAUGUCACGUUUCUUAAAGAGAAUCACAGCAUUGUAAAGAUAAACCCUCCCGAGAAUGAUAUGUUCUUUGAUGUCAUUGCUAUCGUUGAUCCACUAACAAGGGAAGCACAGAAGAUGACCCAGCUGUUGAUUGUACUUGGCAAGAUUAUCAACAUGAAGAUAAAGUUGUUCAUGAACUGUAGGGGUAAGCUUUCUGAAGCCCCUUUAAAAAGCUUUUACCAUUUUGUUCUGGAACCAGAACCGAUGCUAGUGGCCAAUGACAUUGGACCGAUGGCAAAAUUCAUGGAUAUCCCCGAAUCACCCCUUCUGACCCUCAACAUGAUUACUCCUGAAGGCUGGUUGGUUGGAACAGUACACAGCAACUGUGACCUUGAUAAUAUUCACUUAGAGGAUAUUGAAAGAACUGUUACAGCAGAAUAUGAACUGGAACAUCUCCUACUUGAAGGCCACUGCUUCGAUACAGUGACAGAACUGCCUCCCCAGGGUCUGCAGUUUACGCUAGGCACAAAAAACAAACCUGUUGUGGUUGAUACAAUAGUGAUGGCCAAUCUCGGAUAUUUUCAAUUAAAAGCAAACCCAGGUGCUUGGAUACUGAAAUUACGCCAAGGCAAAUCUGAAGACAUUUAUCAAAUAGUUUGGCAUGAAGGAACUGACUCUCAACCAGGCCUAGGAGAUGUCAAUGUUGUGUUAAACAGCUUCCAAAGCAAAAUACUGGAAGUACAAGUGCAAAAAAAGCCAGACAAAAUUAAGGAAGAUGUCCUUAGUGAUAAAGAUGAAAGAAAAACAGGAAAAGAUUCCAUUAAAAGUUUCACAAGAAUGUUGCAUAAAGGAAAAGACAAAAAGGAAACAGAUGUCCUAAACAUUUUUUCAAUUGCCUCUGGACAUUUGUAUGAACGCUUUUUAAGAAUUAUGAUGCUUUCUGUUUUACGUAACACCAAAACACCAGUGAAAUUCUGGUUUCUAAAAAAUUAUCUCUCACCAAGAUUUAAAGAGGUAAUUCCUCACAUGGCUAAGGAAUAUGGAUUCCAAUAUGAACUAGUCCAAUAUAGGUGGCCCCAUUGGCUUCAUCAACAGACUGAAAAACAAAGGAUUAUUUGGGGUUACAAAAUUCUUUUCCUUGAUGUCCUUUUUCCUCUAGCAGUGGACAAAAUCAUUUUUGUUGAUGCUGACCAGAUUGUGAGACAUGACCUCAAAGAACUUCGAGAUUUCGAUCUGGAUGGCGCCCCCUAUGGGUAUACCCCCUUUUGUGAUAGCCGCACUGAGAUGGAUGGGUAUCGCUUCUGGAAAACGGGAUACUGGGCAACACAUCUUUUAAAAAGGAAAUACCAUAUCAGUGCCUUGUAUGUAGUGGAUCUCAAGAAGUUCAGGAGAAUCGCAGCAGGUGACAAGCUCCGGCGCCAGUACCAAACUCUCAGUCAAGAUCCCAACAGUCUUUCAAACCUGGAUCAGGAUCUUCCAAAUAAUAUGAUUUACCAAGUUGCCAUUAAAUCUCUUCCUCAAGACUGGCUGUGGUGUGAGACCUGGUGUGACGAUGAGUCCAAACACAGAGCCAAAACAAUCGACCUGUGCAAUAAUCCCAAAACAAAAGAGCCCAAACUAAGAGCUGCCGCCAGGAUUGUCCCAGAAUGGGUGGCAUAUGACACUGAAAUACGACAACUGUUAGAUCACCUUGAAAACAAGAAGAAAGAUGCAGUUUUGACACAUGAUGAACUCUAGCACUGACUUACGGAAGAAAGAAAAUGAAAGACAGAGAAGAAAUCUGCCACCUGCUGGGAAAGUGUGGAACUAC